UCCUGGAAAGAACCAAUCCAAGCCUUGGAAGCCCAGACUAUAAUCUACAUAAGCUGUGGAAAGGAGCAUUCAUUGGCCAUCAGCAGCCAAGGGAAGGUAUUUUCAUGGGGAGCUGGUGGUUUUGGACAGCUUGGCACUGGAAAACUAAAGGACUCUUCGACUCCAAAGAAAAUAGAUGCUUUAUCUAAGUACAAUGUUAUACAAGUUGCUUGUGGACACUAUCACUCCAUAGCACUUACCAAAGAUGGGCGAGUAUUUUCCUGGGGACACAACAGCCAUGGUCAGCUGGGUCUUGGUAAAGAAGUUCCAUCCCAGGCUACUCCGUGUAACAUUUCCUCUCUUGCUGGCAUCCCCUUGGCUCAGGUGGCUGCUGGUGGGGCACACAACUUUGUCUUGUCUCUUUCUGGAGUGGUCUAUGGCUGGGGAAAGAACAAUGCACAUCAGUUGGGUUUAGACCAGAAAACUUCAGAAGGUAAGUCUAUCUUCAAAUUAUCCCAGGAAAAAAUGUCCAUGCUACCUG